CCCAAGUGCAUCGACGGUAUAUAGUGGGUCACGUGAAUAUGAGGUCAACAAAACGUGUGGCUUGUGACCCUGAAUGUCUGCUCAUGAAUGCAACCCUGACCUGCACCGGCCCUGGACCCGACAAAUGUACAGCGUGUGCUAACUACAAAGAUGGGCCGCACUGUGUACCACGCUGCCCGCAAGGCGUACCGGGAGAGAAAGACAUACUCAUUUGGAAAUAUGCUGACGAGAUCCAUGUGUGCCAGUCCUGUCAUGAGAACUGCACCCAGGGUAUCCGUGCACAUCAUGGGGAGCACGUGCAAACUCCACACAGAAAGACCUUCUGGCUCAGCCGGGACAUCUUGCUGUGAGGCGACAGUGCUACCCACUGAGCCUCCGUGCCUGUUUUUGAUGAUUUAUAAAUAAAUAUAUAAAUAAUUAAACACAGGAGGAAGUCCCCGCCUCCUGAGACAUUGCUACGGAGCCGAUACCCCGGAGGAAGGAUGAGCGGGCUGUCAAAGAGCCCUCACCGCUGUGGGAUUUCUGCAAAGCCAUUGAACUGAGCAGAAUCUCAGAUCUCAGGAAUCUGAGGAACUCGCUGGCGUUCGCCUUGGUUGUGGAGGGCUGGCUGCCGUCUGAGAGCGAGUGGAGGAGUCGUCUCCGUUUGCCUGAGGCCGCAGCCUGCAAUUUUUCUUUACCAACUCUCUGGGUUUCUGGUUCUGCCUUUCAUGACGGACGGUAUCUUAUUUUCAAACAGUUUUAUGUAAGGAUCAAUUCCUGGAACCAGUCAUGGAGGAGGAUCUUUUUCCAAAUCCAUCCGCUUGGCUGGAUCCUUUUCCAUGCAUGAAGAGACCAGAUCUCUGCAUUCUGUGAAGAGGGGAGAGAUGUCCGGUUAUUAUUGUAAGUGUUAUACUUUGUGUAAAUUAUCAUAUUGUUUUAAGCAGUAAUAAUAUCCUCUCACCUUUGGAAAUGUCUUCCAUGUACCUUCGCUCAGCAAACAUCCGAGCGAAGUUAUUGUAACGGUAGUUCCCAAAUAGCAUCAUGCACAACAGUACUAAAGAUACACUGUUGCAGGCUUGCCAUGAUACCUGUGAUGGUUGAAAAACUUAGGAGGAGAAUAAACUUUUGUGCCUGGAAGAAAGAACAAGAUUUCGUCCUUUGCAUUAAAUUUGUAUAUAUAUAUAGCUUUUUGGCUAUUUAUUCACCAUAGAUUUGUGAAAUAAUAUGUACCACUUAAUUUCACAUAAGGAGAUUUCUUCAAGUGUUUGCUACAAUCAAAGUCUAUUAAUUUGACCUGCAAGGUGUUUGGGUUGAUGAGCAGGUUGAUUCCAGUUUGAUGUCGUGGUGGAAAACGCCCCUUUCACUGCAGACGUCAUUUAACUGACGUCUUGGGACGUCUUGUGACCAUACGUCCAC